CAGGCGCACCGCCCACCCGGAGGAGGCAGCUCGGCUCAGGCAGCCCCAGGACGUUGCAUUUUUUUUUUUUUUUCUUUUCCCGGGGUUUGGGGGGGGUGGAGAGAGAGACGCCAAGAUAACCUAAGAUCACACGUUUCCAAAGAGCCGCCAGCAUGUCGAUCACCAUGGCGGAGAUGGCAGAGCUGUCGGAGCUGUACGAGGAGUGCAACGACCUGCAGAUGGACGUGAUGCUGGGCGAGGGCGACCUGCCGCCGCCGCUGGAGGAGGUAGGCCCCAUGGAGGAGGAGGCGGGGGCCGCGGCCCAGCCCAUGGCGGCGGCGGCGGCCCCGCCACGGGGGAAAGGCGGCCUGGCGGCCGGGCCCGGCGCCGAGCACCCCGGACCCAUGGCCGGCCUCGACUUCGAGAGCGAGGACGAGGAGUUCGAUGACUGGGAGGAGGAAUACGAGUACCCCGAAGGGGAUCGGCUGGGCGGCGCGGGCUACCGGGUGUCCGCCGCCCUGGAAGAAGCCAACAAGAUGUUUCUGCGAACCUCCCGGGCCCGGGAGGCCGCGCUGGACGGGGGGUUCCAGAUGCAUUACGAGAAGACCCCCUUCGACCAGCUAGCCUUCAUCGAGGAGCUCUUCUCGCUCAUGGUGGUCAAUCGCCUGACCGAAGAACUCGGUUGCGAUGAGAUUAUCGAUAGGGAGUAAAAUCACAGGCUGGUGGCAAAAGAAAAAAAAGGAGGAGGAGGAGGAAACUCCUUAAGGACAGAUUCCCCACAUUUCCGCCAUCGUUUGGGUUGCCUUCCACAGAGCCCUGUGAAAAGCUGGGUCUUCAACAUAAAAAGGAAAAAAAUAUAUAUAUAGUUUUUGUUGUUGUUGUUUUGUUUCCCUGAAGAGAAGACAAUAGGACAGUGACUGGACCGAGGUGAAAAAGGAAAAGAAAAAGGAAGGAAAGGAAGAAGAAGGGGGCGGGAGGGGGAGGGGAAAGGGCUUAGGACUGUGGAAGACUGGUUUCAAGAACGUCCUGGAACACUUGUGGCUCUGACUUUGGUUAUUGAUCGAGAUUUUUUUUUUUUUUUUUCCCCUUUGCGUUGGGGGAAGACAUCUUGUGGACACCAUCCACCAUCAAGAUGAUUUUUUUCAAGAGGAAACCAUGACCAAGACAAACUGCCAAUACCAGAGCCCCCUGACACUAGUCAUAGAAUGAGAAGGACAGAAUUACAUCCACCAGACACCUUUGAAUUAUUUGGACUUGAAUGCCUAUUGUGAAAACUCAGAAUUCGUGAUCUUAGACAAGGCGUAAUUAUCGGACUACAUCUGCAUUGUUAGAUUCAUUAAAUAUUCAUGCCCCCGAAAGGAUGAAGAAAUUAAAUUCAUAUAGAAUGUCAUGUGCUAUUAUUUUAAAAUGUGUUUCUAAGGAAAUCUGAAACGUUGUUAGUACAUGUAUCUUGAUCAUUUAUAAAGCGACUGUGAUCUAUAAUCAGGAAAAUUAACUGUCAUGACUCUUUUUAAGAUGUCAGAAAAUCAACCCUUCUUUUUAAAGUUUCAAUUUAGACGUUAAAAUGUGAAAGUACAAAGAAAAGCUAUUUCUAGUACCCUUGUAUACAAGGUAUAUCUUUUGUCUUGCUUGCUGUGUUUUGUUUAAGCUGGUGAUUGAACUUCGUAUUGUAAGAACUGUUAGUGAAAAUUCUCAAGUAAAAGGAAAAUCCCAAAAUGUUUUUUUUACAAACAAUUAUAAUUAUACUAUCUGUCUUUGAAGGUCGUAAACCUAGCCAGAAAUCCACCUCAGUAUCUGAAGUUUCUCUCUGUCUCCUCCUCUAAUUAAGCUUGUUAUUCCUUAUGCACCAGCAUUGGAGAUAAUAAAAUUCCUUGUUCUGUG